UAGUACUGACCCUCCAACAAUCCUCCCAAACGAACAAUGACGAGAGCAUCGACUCCUCCACCAGCAGAAAACAACACGAACGCAGACCACCUUCCUCCUUCACUACCCACCUCUCCACUAGCUAAACGUCUCAAGUCUGACACUCCCUCCAAAAUGUCCGCAGCCGCCAACUCCACGACGUCGACAACCAGCACGACCGCAGUACCCAAACUUUCCUCCACGUCCCAACCGCCGCUUUUGAUCAAGAAGCUCUCUCCGGACGCCUCGACACCGACUCGAGGCUCGGCCUUUGCGGCCGGGUACGACCUGUACGCGUCGAAGCCCAUCACGAUCCCCGCGCGAGGCAAGGCGCUCGUCUCGACCGAUCUGUCGAUCGCCACGCCCGAGGGCACGUACGGCCGCGUCGCGCCCAGGUCGGGCCUGGCGGCCAAACACUUUAUCGACACGGGCGCGGGCGUGAUUGACGCCGACUACCGAGGCGAGGUCAAGGUCCUGCUGUUCAACCACGGCGAGGCCGAUUUCCAGGUGAACAAGGGCGACCGCAUUGCCCAGUUGGUCUUGGAGCGGAUCUACACCCCCGAAAUCGUCGAGGUCGAGAAUCUGGAGGAGAGCGUCCGGGGAGCCGGCGGGUUUGGAAGCACGGGUUGAGCCGACUUACUGGCUGGAGCCAAAUUCAGACCAAGUCCGGAAAAGGCGUUGGUUAUGGCUUUUUGGGGAGUGACGGGCCACAGGGAAGUAAAGGGGUUCUAGAGCACACGAAAAGGGAGUUUAUGAUGUUAUGUGCUUUCUGUGUCUGCUCACUGCAGGGUAAAAGGAUAGAUCGUUCAAUGCAUGGAGAGGAGUAGACACCAAUGCCAGUGUCGACAAACCAUCCAUCUCUAGCUGUCUCUUCUCCUUCUAUCUCCUUCUUUUCGAAAAAUCUUUAGCCUGGAAUUUACACGUCCAUCGCCUGAGCCC